CUGUACCCCAAGCCCUAUUCAGGUAUGGACAUUAACAUGCAGACGGGAAACGGCGAAGACUUAAUGACACUGGAGCAAGAAAUUACUGAACUUCAGCGUGAAAAUGCAAGAGUGGAAUCACAGAUGAUGCGUCUGAAAUCGGACAUAAACGCUAUGGAAUCACACUUGAGCCAUGGAGAAAGGGAGAAUCAGCUCAUCAUUCAUCGCAACAGCAAUCUGAACGAAUAUUACGAGAGUCUUCGGAACAAUGUGAUCACGUUGCUGGAGCAUGUCAAGAUACCGGGAGGAGGUACGGUGCCUGUGUCAGCUGCCCCGGGGACUCCCGGAGCUGCUCCUCCAACUGGCCCCGGUGAUAAACCGGCCCACGAUAACUUCGACUCUUACCUCACCAAGCUACAGACCCUAUGCUCUCCAGAAGGAUACUGCCCCGAUGAGAACCGACCGAUCUAUGAGACCGUUAAAAACGCGCUCCAAGACUUCACAGUGCUACCCACGCCGAUAUAA